CUUCUCCCCUCCUGUGCUCCAAAGUGAAUCAGCAGUGACUACACUGAAGUUCAGAUCACGAUUCCGGUACACUGACAGUAAGGGAGAGGAGAACCAAGCUUUUCCUGAUUCACCAUCUACUGAGUUCAGCAUUUCUCUAGAUGACCUUGCCCCAGUGCUGAUGUGUGUGUGACAGCCUUCAUUUGGCAAGCCGUCAUGACUUGCAUUGGCUAUACUGACCUUGGCCAAGGAGAAAACAUUAAUAAUUACCCCUGCUUGUCUCGGUCAAGUACCUGAGGCUGAUUCCUCUUUUAGCAUAAACUGAUGGAGCUUCACUGCUCACAACAAGACUCAACUCUGAAUGACAUCUAUUAAAAAUGAACAAAGUGCUCAUUGAAAGCAGUGUUAGACACUGGAACAGGCUGCCCAGGGAAGUGGUGGAGUCACCAUCCCUGGAAGUCUUUAAAAGACGUUUAGAUGUAGAGCUUAGGGAUAUGGUUUAGUGGGGACUGUUAGCGUUAGGUCAGAGGUUGGACUCGAUGAUCUUGAGGUCUCUUUCAACCUAGAAAUUCUGUAAUUCUGUGAAAAUUUUCAUCAGGAAGAUUAGUAGAGAUUAAUGAGCUCUUAAUAUCUGCUGUACUAAUGUUAGGGCUCGUUGUUUUUGUAUAGUUUUGUUUGUUAAAAUUAUCCUGUGUGUAUUUGCAUCUUUCUGUUUUAUAUUUGUAUCUUCCUGUUGAUAUUUAUCUAUCUAUCUAUUUAUUUAUUUAUUCUGGGAAGGCGAACAUUAAGGCCUUGGUCCUGUAAUCUGUUCUGUGUCACCAGAUCUUUAUAUAGGCUGAAGUCAGAAUGGCCUUUGGAGAGCUGAGUGUACAAUUCAGAUUACAAAUAUAAUGCUGGAUUGAAGGAACUCGAUUUUCACCUGCUCAAGGUACAUUUAAAUGCCAUUACACAUCCUCUGCUGCCAUCUUAUGGCCAUUGUAUUUAUGGUCAUGAGACAGUACCCUACGUUACUUUUGAAGGAUUUUAAAAUGCAAAGCCAGUGAGUGGGUUUCCUUCCUCAUUCACUUCAUAAUGCAUCAUAUGCUAAAAGGACAGGAAAAAAAAAAAGUCAAGAGACAUGAUCUGCAACUGAAUUAUAUCCAUUUGGACUGAUAGCAACUCUCACAUUCUAGAGUGGCUGUUUUUCCUGACUGAAUUUACCACUGGAGCCUUUCACAGUUGUUAGCUAUUUUUUAUCUCUACAUAAACAAGAGAGGAGGUUCCUCUGAAUAAAUUCACAACCCUUUCUCUGCACUCACUUUGCCAGUUGAAGAACUGCUUUCUGAAGUACAGCCCAAAGUGAUGGGGCAAUUCCAAGGAGAAGUGGAUAGGCUGAGUUUCUCUCUUUGUAUCAUCCUUCAUGUUCAACUUUUGCAUCAUCUUUCAUGUCAUUGUAUGUCACCAGUGGCUGCAGAUACUGUCACUCACUCAGAAUCAGAAUCAGUUAGUGCAGUGUUAUAGAUCAUGUUUAGGCAACCCAGUAUGAGACCUUUCUGUCAUCCCUCAUGCUAUUUCAGCAAAUGCUCUCUGUCCACAGAAAACAAGCAGCUGCACAGGUGCUGCCUUUCCCAUGGAAUCACACUAUGACUGCAGGUGCCCCUCUUCAAAAUCUCUCUGACCAACCUAUCACUAGCAGGUAAUGAAAAGCAAGCUUCAAUGCUCUGUGUCACAGAAUGAGGCCCUGAUGACUCCUUUUUGCUGUUUUUCUGUGCAGAAAUAUUGUCAGAGGCCAUGGGUCUUUGCAUGUGAGUAGCUCGUUGCCCUUUGAUUGGAAGAAUAACUGGAAAGUGGCCAGUAGAGAGGGAUUAGUCUUGGUGUAGAAUAUGGAUUUAUGCCCUUAUUCUGAGUAUAUCCAUUUAAACAGUUCAACAAGGGGCCACUCUGUAGUGAUACGAAUGGAGGAUUGGUAGCACACUAUUAGGAACUGGGAGGAACUAAGGAGGAGUGUGACAGUUAUGUUAUCUCUGCUUCCAGAUGGGAUCCCAACCUACCAUGUAUUUCUGUGUUGGCUUUAUCAGAGCUCAGCACUUCAUUAAGGGGACUUUUUAAGCUCUUAGGAAGGGAGUACUCUCCACCUCAUCUUCACAUACAGUCCUCAGGAAAGAACUCCCUUAGACUUAUCCAAGUCAGAGUUUUCUUCCUCUUUGCAAGAACAAGAGUGCAAGAUACCUUAGAAUUAAAAGCAAUAUCAAGGCAAAGGACAUCUACACCAACUAAAGUUGGAGUGAAGAAACAACUCAUAAGGUCUCAAUGCUUCUAGGCCCUUUCCUAUGGAUUAUGGCUCCACUUUUACCUGUGUAGAUUGAUUAAUGACCUCUGAAUUGCUUUAAGAAUCUACCAAACAAUCUUUGGUUGAAGAAUUGUCACAAAAAUGUGAGUGCAAAUUAGAAACUUCAGAAUUCAAGAAAAAAGGAAAAGAAACAGAUGCAGGUGUUCUCUGCUUCAGCUCAACGUUCUUUAUAAUGUCUUGGGUGGACUCUAGGAUGUCAGUACAUCUGCUGGCCAGCCUUCUGUUGCUGAUCUCCUUGCAAAGACUGUCUGUGUCCCAACUUAUGAUGGAUAUGGCUCUACAUUCCUUUGACGAUCAGUACCUGGGGUGCAGAGAGCAGGUGAUGGAAGAACUGGAGAGAGGAGACUAUUUCCAUAAGGAAAUAGCUGCUAAUAAAAACUAUUUCAGUCUUUGGAAGAAGGCUCAGGAGGCUUUGUUAAAGAGCCCUGUAGGUCUCUUAAGGGAAAUGCAGGAGAGUCACGCCAUAGUCCUCAUGGCUUACACCAUGAAUUCUUCCCUGCACUCUCAGCUGAACUGGGCCACAUCCACAGCAGGAAGCUCUCCAGAGCAGUACAGACACAACUUCAGUUUCAAAUAUUUUCACUUUUACCUAACGACUGCUAUCCAGAUAGUGAAGCAAUGGCAGAGCAGCAAGGAGAACAUGAGGAAACAUAAGUGCUACCGAGUGCAUAGGGGUGUAAAAGACUUACAUAUUGAAGCCAUGGUAGGCAGAAGAGUGCGAUUUGGCCGUUUCACCUCUACAUCUCGCCUCUGGAAUGAAGCCCAGAAGUUUGGAAAUGAAACUUUGUUCACAGUGACAACUUGCCUGGGAGCAGCUCUGCAAGGCUUUUCUUACUACACAUCUGAGAAGGAAGUCCUCAUUCCCCCUUAUGAGGUGUUCAUUGUCAAAAACUUCUUCCGGACAGAGUAUGGCAACCGGCUGCACCUGCAUUCUGUGGGGAAUUUCAGCAAGUACCACUGCCAGCUCUUGGAAGGUACUGCAUAUCGUCCCUUUGGGCAGGUGGGAUGCAGAACAGUCUGUUCUCAAGUACCCCAAUCAGCCCUCAUCAGCUGUACCUAUACAGGGCCACACACAAGGUCCAAUCUGUAGCCUACCUCCUGUGUUUGCUUGUGAGAGCCUCAUGACCCAGUUUUCCCCCAUUUGUCAUGAAACCUGUGAGGCCCUACAGCUCACUGAUGAUUAAUCCACCCGCUACCUAACAGAUCUCAGGGUUCUUUUCGGCGUCCACUUAUCCCAUCUACCAUUGCAAGGAUGUUGCAGGAUACAUGUGCUGGGACCCCAGCAUCCCUAUUGCAAUGGCAGAUGAGAUUUGCGGGCAGCCUGAAUUCAGGUAUUAUUCUGGUGGCUUGCAAGGCAGCUACACUGCAGGGCUCAGGAUUACACUGGACUUUGAUCCACCACUAUUCCAGCAAGCUCAGGUAAAUAUAAACAAAACUACUGCUGCUUUAGUCCUGUUCUCUAUCCUGUGGCAGAAGAGAGGAGAGGUGCUGAUUGGAAAAGCACAUUCUGUCAGUUUCUUGGCUACAGAGAUAA